GGCGGCGCGGGAGGGGGACGAGGGUAGGCCAGCCAGUGCCAGGCGGCGUUGGAAAAGCAGCACCUCUCUCACCACGCAGAGACAGGAGCAGCCGCGGCGGCAGCAGCAACGGAGAGAGCGGAGGAAAAUAAAAUAAAAGCUGGCGCCCCACCGGAGGAAUGAAAACAACCUUCCCUUUCUCCUGGUGUGUGUGUGUCUUGACAGGGGCAGCAAGAAAUGAAACUUAAUUGUAAGAGUGGAGGCACGGAGCUGGCGGGGGCAUGUUGGUCACUAUCACACGUCAAAGCUUUGGAGACAGUUUAAUUUUCCUGCCCUUGUAAUUUUCAUUUACCAUCCCAGGAGGCGAAAUUAAGGAUGGGUAGAAAGGCUCUGCUAAUCUGGUGAGGUGAUGUCCCUUUAGCACAUGGAAUCCUUCACAGAUACUACUGUACAUUGCUGUUCUGGAUGAGUGGAAGGUCACAGUAAUGAAAGGCAGCAAUAGGAAUAAAGAUCACUCAACAGACGGAGAAGGAACUGGAAAACGACCAAAGAGGAAGUGUCUUCAGUGGCAUCCACUACUUGCAAAGAAAAUUCUUGACUUUUCUGAAGAGGAGGAGGAGGAAGAAGACGAGGAAGAUAUUGAAAAGGUCCAGAUUCUGAGUGCUGAUAGUCUUGAUCAUGAUGCUGAUGAAACAGAAGAUGAGGAAUCUUCAGAACAGCGAGCUCGCAGACCAAUGAAUGCAUUCCUUUUGUUCUGCAAACGUCAUCGUUCCCUUGUCCGGCAAGAACAUCCUCGUCUGGACAAUCGUGGUGCUACCAAAAUAUUGGCAGAUUGGUGGUCUCUUCUUGAGCCUAAAGAAAAACAAAAAUACACGGACAUGGCCAAGGAGUAUAAAGAUGCAUUUAUGAAAGCAAAUCCUGGCUACAAAUGGUGUCCACCUACAAGCAAACCUGUGAAAACUCAGUCACCCACACUAACAAAUCGAAAAAAGCUUUGGGCUUUCCCAUCAGAAGUUACAAAAGAUUUGCCUAGUCCAAAAAAGUUGAUGAAGACAGAAGAAACCCCUCAGCUGAAUUUUGCAAUGGCAGAUCCUACGCAAAUGGGAGGCCUCAGCAUGCUACUGUUAGCAGGAGAACAUGCCUUGACUGCACAAGAAGUCUCUUCAAAUACAUGUCAUUCUGAUUCCCCUAAUUCUACUGAAGGAUGUCUAAACUCAACAAUGUUACAAUUUGCUGAGAUUUCUUCAAAUCUGUCAAAGGGAACUGUUCCUGAAAAUCCAAAAGAAAGUGAUGAAUCAGCUUUACUUCAGUUCUCAGAGUUGAAGGGUCCUGAGCCAAUCAAGCACUAUAGAAAAUCAGCACUCUUCCAGUUGGCUGAGAUCUCAUCAAGUACAUCCCAUUCAGGUCCUUCUGAAUUAACGAAACAGUGUGGGACAUCAGCAUUGUUUCAGUUGGCAGAGAUGUGUCUUGCAUCAGAGGAAGUAAAAGUGAGAGAACCUGGGAAGGCAAAACCUGAAACAGCCAGGAUUGUCAAAACACUGGAAGCAUCUGAACAGAUGAAAAUUCCAGAUUCGGAGAAAGCAAAAGUAAAAACAGAAAAAUCUCAGAAAAUGAAGGGACAAGAACAUGAAAAGACAAAGACUGGAGUUUUCGAAGAGGUAACAAGGUGUAUACAUAUUUCAGAUCCAGCUUUGAACAGCAUUACAUUAGUUGGACAUGACAGUGCAACAGCAAAAGAUCCUGCAUGCUGUUCCCAUGAGCUGACAUCAGUAGCUGACAUCAGCACUUUAGGAUUAAACAAACCAGAAAAACUGAAGAAGAAAAAGAAGAAAAAUAAAGUGGACCGACAAGGACUUGAGAAAUGUACUCCUAAAAAGACUUGCAAAAAAAGGCAGUCUUCCGAAUCAGAUAUUGAGAGUGUCAUUUAUACUAUUGAAGCAGUUGCAAAAGGGGACUGGGGGACAGAGAGACUUACAGAAAUGUCCCAUAAGAAAAUUCGCCUUUCUUCUGCAGUGAAGGGCAAUAUUUUGGACACAAAGUCACCAAAGAAGAAAGUAAAGUCAAAAGAAAAAAGAACACUGAAAGAAAAAUGUUUAGAGACCACCAAAGAAUCGAAGCCUCCUGAUAUUUUUAGCAUUAAAGAUGACAAGGAUGUACCAUGUGAAGUAUCUGAAAACACAAUAUCAGAUAUUCUAACCCCAACAGAGGAUAUAAUAUCACAGAGUUUACCAGAUCAAGUAAAAAUUGAGGACAGUGACUGUAAUAAAAAGGCAGAAAUUUGUGGCUCGAGAAAAUCUGAAAGAGCUUGCAAAGGUGCACUGUACAAAACUCUGGUGUCAGAAGGCAUGCUUACAUCUCUGCGUUCCAAUGUUGAUAGAGGAAAACGAAGCUCAGGAAAAGGUGGCAACUCUGAUCAGGAAGGAUGCUGGAAUGAAGAAACUUGGGCAUUUUCCUUAAGUGGGACAAGUGGGAACAAAAAGUUAAAAAGAAGUAAGCCAAAGGAAGACAUUGUUUUGGGUUUAGCAAAGCUGGAAGAAGAAUUUGAGAAAAAGUUCAACAGCCUUCCUCAAUACAGUCCAAUCACAUUUGAUCGUAAAAAUGCCUCUCUACCAAGAAAAAAGAAGAAAGUUGGCAGUUAUGCUAUAGACCAAACAAAAUCUAACAAAGAGUCUGUGGUAAUACAAGAACCUUUGGUUGGAAGUCAGAAGAGAAAAGCAAGGAAAACCAAGAUCACACAUCUUGUUCGGACAGCAGAUGGUCGAGUUUCACCAGCAGGGCAAGGUUUGGAAGAGAAACCAAAAGGGCAAAAUACUCUUCAGAGAACAUUAAAUACAGGGAUGGAAUGUAGCAAGGAAUCCUUGCUAAACAACGAUGUAGCGGAAAAUCAUAGUAUGACAUCAGACAUGCCAUCUGUAUCUGCAUUCUUCAGUCUAGCUGCCUUAGCAGAGGUAGCAGCAAUGGAAAAUGUGCACAGGAAUCAGAGAACAGCACCUCUUCCCUGUGAUGGACAGCCAAAAGAAAUGUCUCAGGCUCCAGUGCUUAUUUCCUGUGCUGACCAGUGAAGCUCUACCCUUUUGUAAAACAUUGUGCUUUACCUAAUAUUCUAGCCUUGUCUUUACCAAUGGAUGGUAGUCAGUCCAUGUGAUGGAGGAACUCAUAGACUGAAAAUGAGUUGUUCAUGUUCAGUGUGGCACAGAUUUCACUUGUAGCUUGUUCCAGGUCCCUUUAGCUUGAGCCUAAAAUGUACUAUGAGAGUAAUGUUAUUUCUCUCUUAUGGAACAGAAAUGAAAUAUCCUGGAGCUUUGCUUUCUAGAGAAGGUUUUUAAAGUGGUAAAUUCACAGUUACAUGGAGAAGGCAAACUUUACUGUAGCUCACACAGCACCUGUUCUGUCAAAAGUAGUUCAUAUGAAGUGUAGCUACUUUAAACAAAAGUAGAAAGAGAAAGAAAGAAAGAAAGAAAGAAAGAAAGAAAGAAAGAAAGAAAGAAAGAAAGAAAGAAAGAGAACUGAUACACUGCACUAGUUACUAGAUAAUCUUAGUCCUUUUUACAUGAACAUUUAAGUUCUCGGAUGGUUUAUAUAAUAGGUUAUGCCUACAUUUAUAUAUUUAAGAGUGAAUUUAAGAACCUGUUUGUAGACUCCAAGAACGCAUGGGAGGUGUACCAUUGUUUGAGGUCUAUGUGCGGCAUAUGGCCAAGAAGUUCUGCACUUUUCUGAAUUUGCCACCAGGGUGAUAGAAUUUUUGGCAAAAAAAAUAUUGACAGGCUUUAUUGUGCUUUUUUAAAAAAAAUUAAGCAUAGAAUAAUGGAGAUUUACAUUUAAAGCAAAGGUCUGGCAUACAGAUAAGAGCAGUGCUUGCAGAUUACUGGUUUGAAUUUCAAGCCUUGAAAAUUUCAUUUAUUUUUGGACAGAAAUUCAGAAUGACUAAGUUUAAAGCAGUGAAAUGGGGAAAAUACUAUUAAUAUAUUGUUCAGAAGUGACCUUAGUACUACUUCACUCUUUUGGGGGAAAAUCUUUUCAGUUGACAUAUACACUGAUGAAUAUAUUUUACAUUUUAUGGACACUGGAAUUGUCAUAAAUACUAUGCACAGUCUGAAUCGGCUUCAUCAGUUUAUGAAGUGCCAGUGGUAGUUUGGGAUGGUAAAGUGCUGAGUAUAGCAUAAGUAGAUGAUGACUGAGGAAUAAUGUUACAGAAUUUAGGCCAUCAAACAGACCAUUUUUCAAUUUGUGUUAUCUUUAUUCUGUGUUGCAUCCUUUUCCCAUCUCUACAUCUCUUGCCAGAGCAGGUUCUAGGGUUUAUAUAAUUAUUAUUACUUUAUGUUAUUUCUUAAUUAUUUUAUAUAUGCCAGUUUCCUGUCAUUCAACACAACAUGCAGCAGCAUCUAUAUAGAUUCUUUUUUAAAAGACACCCUAAAUUGGCUGCAUGAUAUGAAAUCAUUGAUAGGUGGUACUUUAAUUUUUGUCCAAGGCCCCAAGUACAGUAAUUCUGCUGUAACAUCAAGUAGGGGAAUUUGGCAUCUGUGUACAUGGUUUUCCAUCUGUCUAGGGAUGCACAAAUGGAAGUCUUCUUCCACAUAUAUACGGACUCUGACUGGAUCAGGGCAACAAUACUCCUAGCAGCAACAUUUUAUUUUUCAUAAGAAUUUGACAGGAAAUUUUCACAUUAAUACAGGGUACUUCUUCCACAGCACAAGAAAUUUCCCUAUUUUGAUUUGUAUCAUAGCACAAAGAUUUAACCAAAUGCUAUUGAUCAGACCCCAGCAAUAAUUUUCUAUGAGUCUUGUCUCUGGUGGAAUUUUGUGGUAGUGUUUAGUUCAGUGAGACCCUUUUAUAUUAAUUAGGUCUCUAUGAGCGUUUACACAGUGUUAUCAGGCCUUCUUCAUUUGUAUGUGACAAAAUUGUUAGAGAAUAUGGGGUGUUUUUUUUUCAUUUUUUUGUAAUUGGAUUUAACAGCCAUACAAAAAGUGACUCUUAAAACUUGCUUGGCUUAGCCUUUUAUUAUUCUAAUCAGUGCAUGUCUUUUCAGGGUCUGAACCAGGAACAACAACAAGCAGAUCAUAUACUUUGUAAUAAUUGAUGAUAACAAAAAUUGUCACUUCAGCUUAGGUAAAAAAAUCAAAACUCAUUCAAAGUUAUAAAUAUUGAAGAAAUAGAAUAAAAAAACAGUUUCAACAGGCAUGAGAAAAUAAAAACUUGUUAGAAAAUUCAGGUAGAAGAAAUUUCCACAUGCUGCUGUAACAUGUGGAGCUAUUUUAAUAGUUCAAUUUUGUUAAUGUUUUCUAAAUUAUUUUAACAAAAUAGAAUGCUGCCAUCAUGCCAUACUGUUGAGCAUAUAUUGUGGUAGCUAAAGGAAUAUAUGACCAUGUACUAGCGAUGGCUCAAAUAUGUUAGUAGCUGAAAUCCAAAUAUCUUACGGUGCAGCCUCUUCAUCUUUACAGUGGGUACUAACAUACGCAUUCUAUUGAAUCCAUUAGAAUAACUACAUUUUGCAAAAGUACAUCAUCUGUAUUCCAUUUUAAAUUUCUAUGUUAUUCCUAAAAUAUUUCUUUGUAUGAAUGGUACCUUUAUAAAGAAUGCGGAAAAUUAGCUUUUUCUAAGUAAAUAUCUUGAUUACCUUUCUUUCCAAAACUUUGUUGACUAUCCCUUAGACGAGGGACUGAAUAUGGGUCAAUUUACUGAAUACGAGUGUUUUCUGAUGCUAAUAAACUUUUCUGUAGAUAUGCUUAAUUUUAAAAUGAUUAGGCACCAAGAGUAGCAGAAAUCCUGCAAAGCUUUAUAGUUCAUUAGAAGCACAGCCCACUUGGAAGAUUCUCUGCAGCCAUCCUCAUUGGAAUGUAGGUAUUGCACAGCUUCCAUUCAUUCCAGUGGAGGUUCUGCAGAAGAAUAGCCAGAUAAAUUGUGCCCUGUGGUUUCUUUCUUUUGUUGUUGUUGAAUGACGUCUUAAUUUUAGAGGCUUGCUGAAUUUAUUAGAAUGGGGAUCCCUGAUUUCAGAAAGGAAGAACAUUUGUUAGCACAAAAAAAUGCGAAACCAACAAUGUAUUGUUAAAUUGCUUUUUUAUUUUUUAUUGAUUUGUGUGGGUUUUUUUAAAGAAAUUUCAUUUCUGUGAUACGUAUUUUCAUAUAUCAGCAAUGUCACUAUCAAACUUAUGUCAUGAAUUCAUUUUGAGCAAGAAAUGUUGCACCUUAACUAUUUCAAAAAACCAAAAUAUUAUGUUCUCUACUGUUUAUUCCAGUAUGUUGUAUUAUAGUUUAUCAAACCCAUUCUAAUUUAGCAGUUAUCAGUAUUUAUGCAUUUAACAAUAUCCUCUAGGCCUGAACCUGUAUAUGUCUUUUUUCUUUUAAAAACAAAAUUUAAAUAAGAUAAACAACAUAUUCUACCCUCCUCUGUGGUCUCUUUCUGAAGAUGAGAUAUUUUCUAAAUAUAAAAUUUAGCACUGCCCAGUUUUCUUUAUGGUAGUUUAUUUAUUUAGUGAUUUUUGAUUUCACAUACUUCUGAGAUAUACACAUAGUAGCUGAUAUUGCAAGCAUAGAUUCAGCUGGGAGGAUACUGUAAUGUCAUUUUCAUGUAAUUGUGUUAGUACUGUAUUAGAGGGUGGGAUGGGAAAUGAGUUCUGCAAAGUAUUUAAUAUGUGCAUUAGAUUUUGAUUAUCCUGUUAGGGUGUUUUCCAGAUUCAAGACCAAAACUAAUGUAAAAUCUUGUGGAGCUUAUAUCAUGCUGUUGUACUUAUGACAGUAUUUUUCUCUGGAUUGUACUGUGAUACCAGAAAUAGGAUAUAUUUAUUUACAAAGAUAUAGUGUGCUUUUUACUAAUACAAUAUCUGAAAGUUACAAGCAAAGGAGUUCUUAUUUUUUUUCUCACCUGAAAUUCAAUCUGUGUCAUACAAAGCAAACUAAAAUAUUGUGAAUUUCACUAUUUUUUUCCUAGAUAAUCUCUGUUGCAUAAAUGUAGCUGCUAAUCACUUAUCAUUUGUUGACUCUACAUAUUCACUUGCAAACUCAGAAGGGUUGUAUAGUGUGACAUCACAAGGAUAACAUAAAUGGGAUGAGUGAAGUCUAAUAUAUAAAAAGGAGAUGUACCCCUGAGGAAUAGUUCAGUCAGCUUUUAAAACGCAUAUACAGUCAUUGCAACUUUAUCUCCAUAUACAGACAUACAAAAGUAGUAGUUUUCAUAGUGUUUAGUACUUCCCAGUAGGAAGAGGAACAGCAUUUAUGGAAUUUGUACAUAAGGAAGGAUGGGAAUACCUGCAUUCCUUCUACAAUACCUGGUUUCAAGAUGAGGCCAGAUGUGCACAGAACAUUCACAUUGAUAGGCUUGGAAUAUUCCAUGUGCACAGUAACCAUUACUGAAGAUCUGGAGAUACUGGCAGAGUGAGAAUAAAAAUAUACCAUGAUGUCUGGAGAGAGGAACCAUGCAAUAACUUACUUUUGCAGAUUAUAGCCAAAAAAAACCCUAAUAGUUCCUUGAAUAAUAAUGACUUCAAAACUCAAAAAUUGAGUUCUUGUAGACAAUUAUCACUUAAUUCUUAGUGAUACAUGUUUUUCAGUCAUCAAUGAGACUGGAAAAGCUCUAAUCCUUAGUAAAAAGCUUGGAAUGCUUUUUCCCCCCCAAGAUCGAUUCAUGUUCAAUGAUUAUAUAAAAUAUAUGCUGAAAGAAACAGUUAAUGAGAGUUAAUCAAAGCAUAAGAAUAGGGCAUUAGCAUCACAUGAUUUCACUGGGGGGGGGGUUGGCUUUUGUUUUUGAAGGAAAGUUGUAGUAAAGUCUAUAAUGAUAAUUGAGUUUGCCUUGUACCAAUGUAUAUUUAUGCCUCUCAGCUGCACUGUAUUCUACAACUAAUUCUGAUGCUACCUCUAUUAAAACUACUUCAGUUGAUUUCAUUUA